AUGACAACUAGACUUGAAGCUUGCACCUCCUUUACCACUUGGAUUAUGUUACGAACAAAGCAGGUCGGUACAAUCUCUCAGUCUGCUAGGCUUUUCCUCAGUGGGUCACGGAAUGGUGCAGCAGAUGGAAGUUCAUGCACUUCUUCUGAAGAUGAACCUUUUAUUUCCAGAAGGCAGGAUACAAGAAAUGAAGUGCAACAUUCAAAAACACCAUCCACCUUAGUACCCAAAAGUUCUGUAACUGUAGGCUCUCUGAUUUCUGGAGAUUCAGUAAAAGUGGUGAAUGCACACAAAACACCACCCACCUUAGUGCCGAAAAGUUCUGUAACUGCAGGCUCUCUGAUUUCUGGAGAUGCAGUAAAAGUGGUGAAUACACACAAAACCAAUAGUGCUGAGUAUCCAGUUUCUCUGCCACAAGUUAUUGGUGUCAAUUAUCCUAGUAGUAUUGAUCCUGCUCAUAAUGACAUUACACAUUCAUCACCUCCUAUUGCCGACCAGUUUGUUAAGGCUGGUAUUGCGGCUGUUAGUUUUCUGUCUGAUUUAGCAAACUAUAAGAUUCCUAUGUCAGAUGGGAGUGGAAUGCUUAGUUCAUCUCAGAAUUCUAUGAUAGAUCGGACAAGGCCCUAUUCCAACAUCAAAUCCUCAAAUGUAAAAGCUUUUAAAAAAGACAAAAACCAGGAAAAAGCAUCUGCUGAGACAGAAGCAGGGUCAAUUCCUACAAGUAGCUUUCAUGGUACAAAAGUUAGAGGUGAAAAAUCUGGUUCGGUCAAAGUAGUGAAUCAUACUCCAAAUAGUAGGACAGGAAAUUCACAAGAGGCUCAUGGUAUCUGUCCAGAAUCUGGUGACAGGAAAAGGUCUAUGCCUCAAAGACCAAAAGAUUAUUCAAAUGACUUCAUGGCAAAUGUAAGGACAUCGGAGGGAAAGGUUGUGGGGAACUCAGGUGUUUGCAGGGGGCCAAGAGAGACACAAAUGCCAAAAGGAGUUGCUCCAAUAGCUAGGCAGUCUAAGCUCUGGGCAUGUGGUUGA